AUGCCCCACAAACGCGCCAAGAGCAGUGUUAGGCGACAUAUUCGCAACGAAAAAGGCACAGAUCUGGCACCGGUGAAGAGCUCGUUGCAGAAUGAGCCGAUUCCCAAGUCCGCAGCACGGAUUCUCAAUGCCCAUUCAAUACGGGAGGAGUGGAAACAGAGGAAGCGGAAGAACGAGGAAGAGCAGAGCGGCCGUGACGGGAAGAGGCGGAAAACUGGGCCAGCGGAUAAAAAGGCCACUCUGACCAUCCAGCCCGGAGAGUCGAUUCAGCAUUUCAACAAGCGCGUGGAAGACGACUUGCGUCCUUUGAUCAAAACUGCGGUCGAGACAUCCCGCGCCACCCACCGUCGUACGGAAACACAAGAGAAGGAAGCUAAAGCCGAGGCCAAGAAGGCGAAACUAAAGACGAAAUCCGUCGAAAAGUCGCGGAAAAGCCGUUCGCCGUCGCCGGAACCAGACAAACACGCCAACCGGCCCAAGGAAUUCGCUAGUGCCUCUUCUUCCGCGCCCAAGAGGCUGAAUGACAUCGCGCAAGCACCCCCGGAGUUCAAGAGACUCCCUCGGGGGGCGUCGUCGAGCGCAGGUGUCCUGGGGAAGAAGGAUGGCGUUCUGUCGAUGUCGCAGCAGCUGAUGAUGGAAAAGGAGAGGGAGAAGGCGAUUGCACGGUAUCGCGAGCUGAAGGCGAGCAGGAGGCAGGCGAGUGCUGGAGACAAGCUCGGAGGCACGUAA